AUGAAUAGCGUGUCUGGCGUGGCAUCCAAUGGGAUGCUCGUUAAUGCCGAAAACGAGUGGUCACCGCUCAAGGCCGUCAUUGUCGGUCGCGCGGAGCAUUCGUGCUAUCCCAACGCGCCGCAACAUCUGAUGGGCGCUAUUAUGCCUCGACACUACUUGGAGCGUUUCCGGCCUCACAGUCCGUUCUCCCCCGAGAUUGUGAAAAAUGCGCAGAAGGAAUUGGACCGGUUCGCGUGUGUGCUGCAGCAGUACGGGGUCAAGGUGUACCGGCCAGAUGAGGUGGACUGGUUGAAACAUGGCGGAUACACGGGGGCGAUGCCUCGGGACCGGCUGAUGACUGUUGGUAACAGGCUGAUCGAGUCAAUCCCGGCGUGGGAUUGCCGACAGAAGGAGAUUGAGCUGGCCUACAGCACAAUCAUGAGCCAGUUCUCUCACCCAGAAGAGGCAGGGUGGCAUGUGUUCCGGCAGCCGGUGCUGCACGGGCGCAACACCAUCCACGAUGGCAAAGAGGAGUGGUGCUUCGACCCGGACCGGGACUGGGCCGUCAACGACAGCCGACCGGCUUUUGACGCGGCCGACUUUAUGCGGUUUGGCAAGUACAUCAUCGGGCAGCCCAGCCACGUCACCAACCAGAAAGGCAUCGACUACCUACGGGCGAUGCUGCCGGCAGAGUAUACGCUGGAGAUCAUCAAGCCGGAGUACCCAAGUGUGAUGCAUAUCGACGCGACUCUCUUGCCGCUACGCAAGGGUCUGCUUGUGUACAACCCGACUCACAUUGGCGAAGGGGCGCUGCGCCAGCUAAAAGCGCUGGAGGGCUGGGAGAUGCACGCCUACCAUCUCCCGAAGAAUCCCGCCAGAAAUCCCAACCUGCCCAACCCGGAGCAGCCAAUAGUGUCGGGUUGGAUAGUGCUCAACGGUUUGAGCCUGGACGAGAAGCACAUCUUUCUCGAGGAACAGUCGACCGACCUUGCGGAAUGGAUUAAAGACAAGUUUGGCAUGGAGCCCAUUUUGCUGCCGUUCAAGCACGUCAACAGUCUUGGAGGGUCGUUUCACUGUGCAACAGUUGAUUUGGUGAGGGAUUAG